UCGAGCGGAUGAAGAUAGUUGCUACCGAUCCGUAAGGAUUUGCGAUUAUUUCCGUCAUUUAUAGAUGAAACCAAUUCACUAACAGUUACAUUCUUGCGCUGGGAGCUACAACAAAAGCUUGACAAAUACACUGCAAUUUUUUCACAUCAUUCUGAAAGAUGGCGAAACUGUUAGCUAUUGCUGCAAUAAUUUGCAUCGUUGCCGUAACAGAAUCAAAAUUUACAUGCGACAAGACCUGCUCGACGCGCAGGGUGAAGAUUUGUGAUCAGUACGGUGUUCGGUACCGCAACUUAUGUGAGUUCCAGAAGGCAAAGAAGUGUGCCGGUGGAAACCCAAGCUUAAUAAAGAAUGACUGUAACAAAUUUUCAAAACAGAUUAACACAAAUCGUAAGCAGAAUAUAAACUGUGCUUUGUCAUCAAGUGAAGAAUUACCAUUGAGAUGUCAAAACAAACAACCGACAAGCACAGGUCCAGAAACCACUACUGCACCAGUUUGGACAGAAAAAAGGGAGAUAGUCUGUGAAGAGAACUGCCCGCUAAUCUUCGACCCUAUAUGUGGUAGCGACGGAAUUACGUAUCCGUCAAAAUGCGUUCUCGAUGCUCUGUCCUGCUCAAGGGAAAAAGAUGCGAUCUUAAACAAAGAUCCGGACUACAUCAAGCUUGUAGGCGUCUCAAUGGGCCAAUGCCCAGUCCCAACCUCUUCUACAGUUGGUUAGAUUGCCAAAAACGGCGCUAUACCUGGUGCUUUGCCUAUUAGGCAACUACGGACAACAGAAGUCUUCUGGCGAGACUACUGUCUUUAUUAAUCUGUUAUGCUGAUAAAGUUCAGUGGGUUAAGGAAAAUUAUUUUUUACAAAAUGAUAUUUACGUUCUGAUAUAUAUAUAUAUACAUAUUUAUAUACAUAUAUAUAUA